AAAAAAGUAUAAGAUGCUCUGUCGCUGGUGACUUGACUGAUCCAGUCCUCUGCCAUUACCUUUUCUUCUUUUUCUUGGUAGUUUCGCUUCAUCUAACACGAAAUACUCAGUGCGCCUACUGAGACCCUCGUCCUCUUCUGCCCCUUCUUCAUUUCACCAGCUUUUUCCACCCGUUCAUACACAUACACAUACAAUGUGUUCCUGCUUUUUCCACUUACCUUUUCUUCUUCUCCUUUUCUAGGUAGUUUCGUUUCAUCUUACACGCCCUUGACUUCAAAUUGAUGUUGAUCCAAGCUAGCAGGAAACUGUCAUCAUGCAGUGUACCUAUUUUUGAGAGCUUCUUCCUCUUCUGCUCCUUCUUCAUUCCAUCAGCGAGCUGUGCCUGAAAUCAAUCAAAAAGCCAGAUUCGAUGGCCAUCCAAUUGGGAGCUUCUUCUUCUUUCUCCUCUGCUUUUUCCACCCGUUCACACACACACGAUGUGUUUCUGAGUUUCAGAGGCGAGGAUACUCGCUCUGCUUUCACAGGCCAUUUGUACUGGAAUUUGCUUCAGAAGGGAAUCAACACCUUCAUAGAUGAUGAGCUUACAAGAGGAGAGGAAAUAUCACAAGCACUUCUCCGAGCCAUUGAAGGAUCAAAGCUCUCUCUCAUUGUGUUCUCUGAAAACUAUGCAUCCUCCAAGUGGUGUUUGGAUGAACUAGUUCAUAUCCUUGAAUGUAGAAGAUCAAAGAACCAAAUGGUUCGGCCAAUCUUUUACAACGUGGAACCCUCGGACGUAAGAAACCAACGAGGUACAUUUGGUGAGGCACUUGCACAGUAUGAACGCAGAUUCAAAGGUGACAUGGACAUGGUGUUAAGGUGGAGAGCAGCUCUUUCAGAAGCAGCAAAUCUAUCUGGGUGGCAUUUCUCGGGCGGAUAUGAAUAUGAAUUUAUUGGUAAAAUUGUUGAAGAGAUUUCUGCACAAGUAAAAGAACCUACCUAUUUGGAUAUGCCAAAGUGCCAAGUUGGGCUAGACUCUCGGGUAAAACAUAUACUUAAAAUGUUAGAUGUUGAAGGAAGUGAUGUACGCAUGGUAGGAAUAUGGGGAAUUGGCGGAAUAGGCAAAACAACAAUUGCCAAAGCUGUUUACAAUACAAUUGCCCAUAAGUUUGAUGGUAGCUGCUUUUUGGCAAAUGUUAGAGAAUAUUCAGACCAACAUGGAGGUUUAGUCGACCUACAAAAUACUCUUCUCUCUACCAUUGUGCGGCAGAAAGAAUUGAAAAUAAACAAUGUUCAUGAAGGAAACACUUUGUUGCGUAGAACGUUGAGAUAUAAAAGGGUUCUCUUAGUUCUUGAUGAUGUGAAUAAAUUAGACCAGCUACGUGCAUUAGCCGGAGCAUCAGAUUGGUUUGGUUGUGGCAGCAUAAUUAUCAUAACAACAAGAGAUAAGCGUUUGUUGACUGCUCACGAAGUCAAUCCUAUAUACAAGGCCACGGAACUGGAUGAUCACGAAGGUUGUGAGCUCUUCAAGUUAUAUGCCUUCAAGAAAAAGAAAAAUCAUGAUGAUGAUGAGAAACUCUGGAUUAGCACUAUUGUUAGAUAUGCUCAUGGCAUUCCGUUAGCCCUGGUAGUUUUGGGUUCACAUCUAUAUGGUAGACCUAUACAUGAAUGGCAAGUUAUGUUAGAUGGUUAUAAAAGAAAUCAUCCCAAAGACAUUCGAGAUACUCUCAAAGUCAGUUAUGAUGGACUGGAAGAAACAGUGAAAGAAGUUUUCCUCGACAUUGCUUGUUUCUUCAAAGGUAGGAAUACAAGGGUUGUGAUACAUAUACUAGAAGAUUGUGACCGCAACAACCCCAAGCAUAGUAUUGAAGUUCUCGAAGAAAAGGCACUCAUAAAUGUUGAUGAAUAUGGUUGUGUUUCCAUGCAUGAUUUGCUAGAAGAGAUGGGAAAAGCUAUAGCUCGGCAAGAGUCUACAAAGCUUGGUGAGCGAAGCAGAUUGUGGCAUCAUAAGGAUGUGCUUGAUGUUCUAACAAAAAACAUGGGAACAAGCAAAACUGAAGGUAUAGUGAUAAAAAUGCCUAUAGCAGAUGAGAUAUGCUUGAAUCCUAAAUGCUUCAAAAAGAUGAGAAAUCUUAAAAUUUUCAUAAACAUCAAUGGACGGUUUUGUGGAAAGGUUGAUUAUUAUCCGAAUCAGUUGCGGUUACUUGAAUGGCGUGAUUGUCCGCUAAAAUUUUUUCCCCGCAAUUUUAACAUGAAGAAUCUAAUUCAACUUAAUAUGCCUCGUAGUUGCAUCUCACGUUUCGAGAGUAUGGAAAAUCUGAAAUCCUUAAAUUUGAGUGGAUGUAAAUUCCUAGCACAAAGCCCAGACCUGUCUGGAAGCCCAAACUUAGAGUUCCUGGAUCUAAGCAAUUGUAAAAGUUUAAAGAAGGCUCACCCUUCGGUUGGAUCCCUCAAAAAGCUUGUUGACCUGAAUCUUAAAGGAUGCUCUAACCUUGUGAGGCUACCAGGAGAAGUCAACUGGAGAUCCCUCCGAUCCAUUAAUCUCGACUACUGCACAAGGCUGGAGAGUUUCCCUGAAAUUGAGGGAGAGAUGAAAUACAUGACAUCCUUGAUACUUCGGGACACUGGCAUCAAAGCAUUGCCUUCAUCCAUUGGAUAUCUAAUUAACCUUAAACACUUGUGGUUAGAAGAUUGUGGAAACCUCACAGAUCUACCUUGCGGCAUUUAUGAAUUGCAGAAGUUAGCGUCGGUUUCAUUCUCCGAUUGCCCAAAACUCGUAAGAUUCCCAAAUAAGGUGGAGUCUGAAGUGCUUCCAACUUACUCAAAGGUUUCACAUGACAACCGUGACUCUUUAUCGAAAAGAAACAGAUGGAGUGAUGAAGGCAGUUCAUUGGAGCCAGAGCCAGACACUGAAUUCAAUUCGGCGCUUCCUUGGCUACAUGAAUUCCUCGCGUAUCGAUGCAAUUUAUCUAAUAUUGAUUUCCUCGCGUCCCUUGAUUGUGCAUCCACUUUAUAUGAACUUGAUUUAUCAGAAAGCACCAUUGUUAUCCUUCCCGAAUGCAUCAUCAACAAAUUUGUCAACUUGUCGAGACUCUCUUUGAUCGGUUGCACGCGGCUCGUAGAAAUUCCAGAGCUUCCACCAAGGAUUCGCCGGUUGGAUGUGAGGGAUUGCGUAUCAUUGGAAAGAAUUUCGAAGCUGUCAAACAUUUUGGAGCGUAAAGAAUCACAAAUGAUGGCGAUGGACUUGACUAAUUGCUGGAGACUCUGUCAAAAUUUGGUUGAGAUGGCAAACAAGGAUGAUGAUGAUGAAGUGCACGCUGAUCUCUUCUCUCGACUCCUAUCUUCUCAGCAAUCCAAAUUCACAAUUACAUUUCCAGUUCCAAGAAGCGAGGUUCCAAAGUGGUUCAGCUGUCAAAUGGAUUUCAUGGGGCAUCGACGGUUUGAAUUUUAUAUCGAAACACUUGCAAAUUUCAAAUGGGACAACGCAGGAUUGGCUCUCUGUGUUGCUCUUGAUCAAAACCUGCAACAUACUCUGCCUUGGACUGAUUUUAAGGUCUAUAUUCACAUCAAUGAAGUAAGUGUUUCAACUCUACCCCACCAGUGGGUUCAUUCAGGAGAGUGGGAUCAUGUGUGGCUGCACUAUGUUCCCUUCCUUGAAAUGUGGCGAUUUGGUUAUAUGCGUCCGUUGCCCCCUUUUACAUGUCGAGUCAUUAUUUAUCAAUAUCACCUCUCUAAGCCCAUAAAAAGCUGUGGUGUCCACCUUGUAAUGCCACCCAAUGAAGACGUUUCUAUGAAGCUAAUCCGUGCAGAGAACCUCACCAGUGAACUUUCUCAUGAUGAACUUCAAAAGGACUUCUGGGACAAUUAUCGUCCCAAACAGAGGAUGCUAUUGCAGGACUGCAAAGAAUUAUCUACUGAUGCACAACUGGAGAACGAAAAGCUGUAAUUACUGAUGCAGCAUGGCAUUGUCUAUGGACCAGUGUUACGAAUACAGGGAAUGCCCAUGCCCUGAGGAAUCUAAGGAAGCUGUUGCAUCACUAAUGGUUACUGCAGCUAGAUUUUCUGAUUUACCAGAGUUAUGUGACAUUAGGCCACUAGUUCAAGUGAGAUAAGUGAAUUCUGGAUUAUUAUGUGGAUCAAAAGUUUGUUGAGAACAUAGCUUCAAAGCCUCCCACAUUGGAGAACCAGGUUCAGUUGACAUAGCAUUGGAGUUUUCAAUAAAGUGGGACUCCAAGGCUUUUGAACAAAGGAUGUCUAAACCUCCUGCAUUUAUACAGUGCAAGCCAUGAAAUUUUGGAUAUGUAUAGGGUUUCAGGCACAAGCUUCAAUCUUUGUAAGCAAAGCUAUGAAAUGGUGGGAGAAAACCCUAAAACUGAACAUGGUGGAGAUCCAUUCUGCUAAGAACUCAUUGAUUCUUUGCAUAAUGCUGGUGAUAGAUUGAUUGUAGUGGAUUUUUACUCACCUGGGUUGUGGCAAUUGUAGAGCUCUCCAUCCCAAGCAAGUUGGCAAAUCUGCAGAAGGGCCUAACAAAAGCAAAAGCGGCACCUCUCUUGGACAAACUUGUUUUUUACAAGAUAAAACGAGAGCUAGGAGGACAAGUUCGUAUAAUGUUGUCUGGUGCUGCACCUUUGCCCAGGCAUGCAGAGGAAUUUAUCUGAAGGAUAUGGCCUUAUUGAAAGCUGUGGUGGGUGUUUUACGUCCCUUGGCAAUGUUUAUCCUAUGAUUGGAACUGUUGGUGCCCCCCUGACAACUAUUGAAGCAUGGCUUGAGAUGGUCCCAGAACUGGGAUAUGAUGCACUUUCUAGUGUGCCAUGUCGAGAGAUUUUCCUAAGAGGAAAAACCUUGUUUUCUGGUUACCACAAGUGACAAGAUCUAACUGAAGAAGUCCUUAUUGAUGGGUGGUUCCGUACAGGUAAAUGUGUACAAUACUAGAAAUGAGGUGAUAUAGAAAAAUGGCAGCCUAAUGGAGCAAUGAAAGUUAUAGACAGGAAAAAGGAAGUAUUUAAACUGUCUCAAGGUGAAUAUGUUGCUGUGGAAAGCAUUGAAAGCAAAUACAUGCAAUGCCCCCUUGUCACAUCGAUAUGGGUUUAUGGGAACGGCUUUGAGUCAUUUCUUGUUGCUGUAGUUGUUCCUGGCAGAAAGGCACUGGGCAGCUGAGCAUCAUUUGACUGAUGAUUACAAAUCAUUGUGUCAAAACCUGAGAGCAAGAAAUUACAUUUUGGAUGAGCUUAUUACGGGUCAGAAACAGCCACUUCGUGGGUUUGAGUUGUUAAAAGCAGCUUCAAAAUUUGGUUCAGAUGGCAAAGAAGGAAGAUGAUGAGGUGGACUCUAAUCUCUUCUCUGGACUCCAAUCUUGCUUUUAUUGGGAGGUUAGUUGAUUCAGGUUUCCGGGAACAACUUUGAAUCGUUUCUUGCUGCUGCGGUGACUUUGGUGGACAGGACAGGUAGCUGAACAUCAUUUGACCGAUGACUUUAGAUCAUAGUGUCAAAACCAGGGGCAAAAUAUGAAUUUUGGAUGAGGUACUAUCGUACUGAUCUAGUCAUCUGACAUGGAAUGCAUUCGUACAGUUUCCAGAUUCUGGGGAAAAUCACUUUGACAUGGAUCUCUCAGAACUUUCAAAUGAGAGAGUACAUGCAAGAUUGGCUGUCCACCUGUCCCACUGUCUGUGCAGCUGCUGAAAUUAUUGAGUCAUCAACUAUUAUCAAAUGUCGUGUGUGGCUGCAGUAACUCCAUUUGUUAAAAUCUUGUUUAUGCAUCCCGACUACUGCUGCCUUCUUAGUAGAAGAGUUAUUUUCGAGUCUUUAUAGCAGCGUAGUGGCAUUCCUCAGAUGCUGCAUGGUGCUCCUAGUAAUGCCAUGACGAUAGGAUGUAAACCCUCUAUACAUGGCAUUCCUGACCAAGGCUUCUUGGGGCUUGUUUUGAUGCAUGAAUUGUUACUUGCUUUACUGAUUCGUCCUGCCUUGCUGCUUGGUUUCUUGCUAUGCUUGCUGGUUGUAGAUUUUGUUUCUCUAAUUCAGCUGCAUUUUUGUUUUUUUUUCUGUUUUCAAGAUCCGGAGAUUUCCUCUGCCAACUGAUUUAGUUUGCGGCGUGGCUCUGUAAUUUUAUUUACUUUUAAUGUUGGGGGGAUGGGGGUCAAGAAAAGAACAAACUACCGAUUUAGUUUGCUGUGUGCCUGUGUAAUUUUAUUUACUUUUAAUGUUGGGGGUGAAGAAAAGAAUAAACUAUCGACUUGUCACUCAAGUCAGAGCGUGCUCUGCACUUAUUUGCAAAAAGAUGUGUGGAUAAUCUUUGUUUUUGUUUUUCCUUGGCAAAUGUAAGUUUAUAUUUCUCUUCAA